AUGUCACCCAAUACAUUCAACAUCUCCUGCCUUUGCGGCGGCGUCUCGCAGCAGGUUCAGUCUGUCGUUGCUCACGGAGAGACUCUCAAGUUGUCCAUCAACCAUGGCGACGUUGAUCGACACGCCACAGGCAUUCUCUGCGCCUCUUACUACCCCAUUCAUGAACCUCAUCAAACGGAUGAUACGACUGCGUUUCAUGGCGUUGACGGGUGGACAAGAUACUUUUGCAGCACGUGCGGAUGCCAUGUCCUGAGACGCAGAGAUAUUGAUGGAGUGACUGUGUGGGAAGCAGCCACUGGCGUCCUACUGCAUAACACGGCCGACGACGUUGGCGCGGACGCGCGUUUUGCAAGGCACACCGGCGUUUCCGAUACCAAAGACGGCGGGAUCUCGAUAUGGCUGUCCGAGAUUGAUGGACAGCGGCUAGAAUCGACCACAACGCCGGUCACUCCAUCAUCACAGUCCACGACGAAGCUUCCUCCCACGCCAGCUGGCUUCUCAAAAGACUCUCUGCACGCCUCAUGCGCCUGUGGCAGGGUGAGCUACCACAUCACACGGCCAACCGAAGAAAGCUAUCUACCGCACUCCGGCUUCCCCGACCUACAAUAUGCUCAAGUCGAACAUUCCGCCGAGUUUAUGAAGAACCCCGACACCGUCAAGUGGUGGAUUCGAAGCAACGGCACAAAGUACUUGGCUGGAACCUGUGCUUGCCGGUCUUGCCGCCUCAUCUCCGGAUUUGAGGUUCAGACCUGGGCAUUCGUCCCCCGAUGCAACAUCUUCUUUCACAUCCCCGGACCAGACGACGGCCAGUCCGGAAUCCUCCCUCUCAACUUCGCAGACUUGCCCGCCGGGGUCGUGAAGACAUACGAAUCCUCACCUGGUGUCUUUCGUGAAUUCUGUGGUAACUGCGGUGCAACGAUAUUCUGGCGCGACAGUUGGCGACCAGAUGUCAUCGACGUCAGCGUAGGGCUUCUUCGGGCAGACGAGGGUGCGCGGGCCGAGACGUGGCUAGACUGGUGGACGGAGCGAUGCAGCUUCGAGGAAGAGACGGAAAGGGGUCGAUCAGGGGAGCCCGCGCGCAUUGCCAGGAGGCUCAUUGACGGCCUUGAACGAGGCUUGCGCUCAGGGGCCCAGUCAAAGUGA